AUGGCGCGCCUCUUCCUCGACUCGGAGCCUCUGACUCAGUACAAGGACCGCCUGUUCAAGGGCAGCAUGGAGGAGUACCUCGACCGCCUUCGGUCCUCCGCCACCCUGUACGUGGGCAACGUGUCGUUCUUCACCAGCGAGGAGCAGAUCUGGUCGCUGUUCGCCAAGUGCGGGGUCGUGAAGACGGUGAUCAUGGGCCUGGACAAGCAUAAGCUCACCCCGUGCGGCUUCUGCUUCGUCGAGUACCACAACCGCGUGGACGCCGAGCGCGCGGUGAAGUACCUGAACGGGACCAAGCUCGACGAUCGCGAGGUGCGGAUCGACUUCGACUGGGGGUUCCAGGACGGCAGGCAGUUCGGGCGAGGCAAGAGCGGCGGGCAGGUGCGAGACGAGUACCGGACCAACUACGACGCGGGGCGAGGCGGGUACGGCGUGCUGA